GAAAAUGACUUCAAUCAAAUACCAGCGAUGUGGUUGUACCAUCAGUUCAGCGAACUGAAUUGGGGUUAUUACACUACACCACAGAAACACUCCUGUUUAGCAAUGACAAACCGACAAUGUGUGAUUCCUAGAGGAAAGGUUAUAUAUAGGUGGUAGUAGUCCCAUCAAUGGGGUAAUGUACGUCAGGGGAAACUGCAAGGACUACGACCACUAGGCGGCACUAGGAAAUCGUGGCUGGUCUUGCAAAGAUGUCCUCCCCUAUUUCAAAAAAUCCGAAAAUUCGCAAGUCGAGGGGGAUAAAAAUUACCAUGGAAUAGGAGGUUUCUGGAACAUCGAGUACGCCCUACCAUCGUCUCCAUUAUUUGCCAACUUUGUUAACGGUAGUUUAGAAAGAAAACAAUCAUUUGGGGACUAUAACGGUGAAAACCAAACCGGUUCCGCGAAAUUCCAAACUAAUAUCAAAAGAGGGCGACGACAAAGUCUUGGGACCGCACUUUUGAACAACGCCCGGAAACGUAGCAAUCUCAAAGUCGUGACUAAAGCACUAGUAACAAAAAUCACCACAGAUCAACGAUCUAAACAAGCAACAGGAGUAGAAUUCGUAACCCAGAAUAGAAGAUUCCAAGUACGAGCUAGACAAGAAGUUGUCAUUUCGGCAGGUGCUAUCAACACACCACAGUUACUAAUAUUGUCAGGAAUAGGACCACGAGAGCAUUUAAAAGAAAUGAAAAUUCCCCUAAUCGUUGAUCUACCUGUUGGUCAAAAUCUGAUCGAACACCCACUGCUUAAUUUGAUAUUUCGUACAAACUAUACGGAACCUAACGCCACUUUAGAGAACUUAGUAGAACGAUAUUUAAACGGUUUAGGUCCUUUAACGAAAGGAGGUAGUGCCGAUGGUACCGGUUUCAUCCACACCAAAAACAAUUCCCAAGUACCUUCCAUUCAAAUCGCUUUCGCACCCCCAAAUGACAUCGAUCCCUCUAUCUCUCGCCGAAGCCUCAACUACAACAACACCAUCAGUGAAACAUUCCUCAAAAACAUCAAACCCGAAAGCGAGAUCCUCAUCUACGUAAUGCUCCUCCACGAGAAAUCCAGAGGUCGAAUUUUACUAAACUCAAACAACCCGAUUGACUUCCCCAAAAUCGAUUUAAACAUGUUCGAGGAACAGGAAGAUGUGGAUACACUCGUCGAAGGGGUGGAGUACACACUCAGUCUUUUGGAAACUGACGCUUUUAAAAAAAUCAAUGCGACACUCCUUCAAGUCCCAAUUUGUACUAAUUUUAGACGCACGAAACAGCAACUGAAGUGCGUAAUUCGCAACAUGGCGGCUACCGUUUUUCAUCCUUGUGGAACGGCAGCGAUGGGACCAGAUCCCAGGAAGUUUGUCGUUGAUGAUGCGUUACGGGUGCAUGGAUUUAAGAACUUGAGAGUGGUAGACGCGUCUAUUUUUCCGUGGUCUGUGUCGGGGAAUUUAAAUGCGCCUACGGUGAUGGUCGCGGAAAAAGCUGCCGAUAUUAUCAAAACUAAAUUAGGGUACUAG